GCACCUGGAUUGGCCGGUCCUUCCUGGUUUUCUCUGUUAUAAAUGCCCUGGUAAGUUUUUAACCUUGCUAGCAGCAUGGAUUUAGUGAUGUCAGCGUUGGUGGUUAGACCAUCUCUUUGGUCCUAACUGAAAUAUCAUGGCAGCUGUUGCCAUGGCAUUUUGAACAGAUAAUCAUAGUCCCCAGAGGAUGAAUCCUAAUCAGUAUGAUGACUCCCUGACUUUUUCACUGCUGUCACCAGCAGGCUUGCAUGCAAUUUUGAUGAUUUUCAAUAACUGUUGUAUAGAUUGUAAAAAAAAUGUAAUACACACUGAUAGUAUUUUAAUUAAUAAAAUCAUUGCUUUAGUGUUUUGCCGCCUGCAAUAAAACACUUUGCUGUUGAUUUUUUUCACAGGAAACAUAUUGUAAACUCAACAUAUCUGUUGAGUUUACAAUAUCUCUCCUAUAAGACUUUCUGUGUUUAAAGUGUCAGAUUUGGGAACCCAUCAUGAGAACUAAAUAUCACACAACAAACAGAUGCUACUGGUGUUGUUUCAUGUUCUUAAUAUGGAAAGUUUAGUUGAAUUUCUUUCCACUGUGGUAGUACAGUGUAACAGCAACAUAACAAAAGGCCAAUCAGGUCGCUCUGAAAUUGUUCCCUCCCAUUUGCUAUGACUACAUUAAGUCGAAUCUUGUUAUAGUGGGGUCUAAAUUAACUGCUGUCCCAGCUGGUGAAAUCAGAGAAUGCUGAUCAUAAUACAUAUGCUGCUCGUGCUCAAAAUCGGGCGAUGCGCAGAUGAACACAUCUUCGAGACAAAGACUGUUAAUGUUGGAGAAACUGUGACUCUGACAUGUACCCGCCAGAGAACUUCGCAGUCUGCACGCUUAUUUUGGAUCAGGCUUGUUUCUGGAACAUUUCCUGAAAGUUUAGGAGGACAAUUAUCUUACUUUACGUUAGAUGAAAACAGUGUUAAGGAAACUCAUCACAUAAAAGCAAAACAAGAGCUUGAAAAAUAUGUUAAGCAUAUUUCCAAAGCACAGUUCAGCGACACUGCAAUCUACUACUGCCUACUAGUAGAAAAACUUAACAUUACAUUUCUGAAAGGAAUAUUUCUGAGAGUCAAAGAGCCAGAACCUGAGAUCACUGCCAUCACGGAAGACUUUGUAUCUGAUCCAGUCCGUCCAGAAGACUCAGCGACUCUCCGGUGUUCAGUCCUCUCUGACCUUGAGAGGAAAACGUGUCCAGGAGAUCACAGUGUGUACUGGUUCAGAGCCGGAGCAGAUGAAUCUCAUCCCAGUUUAAUUUAUGCUCAUGAAAACACUGUGAAUCAGUGUGAAAAGAAUCCUGAAGCUCAGUCGACACAGAAAUGUGUCUACAACUUCUCAAAGAUCGUCAGCUCCUCUGAUGCUGGGACUCAUUACUGCGCUGUGGCCACGUGUGGACAGAUAUUAUUUGGAAAUGGAACAAAAGUGGACAUUAAAGUUCCAGUUGUCGACACGUGUGAUUCACAAAAGGACAAUACAAUUGUCCUUCUGUUGUUUGGUGCUUUGGCUGUGAGUCUGAUUGUUAUAGCCUUCCUUGUUUGUGCCAUCACAAUGAAAUCUUGUGGUUGUUGCAACGCUGCCGUCAGUCUGCAAACAAAUGCUGCAGCAGCCAGUGGUAAUCAUCAAAGUCAGCAGAGUGAUGAGGACAGAUGGGUUUAUUCUACAGUCGUAUUCACCAUGAUUAAAGCUGACUACCACUGAAAGUAGAGUUGUGAUGAUGAUCACUAAAAUCCGACGGAGGAAAAGCUACAAAAUUAACAACAGAAUAAGUUUGUAGAAAUGUACUGAUCCAAUUCCCUUACUCAGUCCUGGCACAGACAUAUUCGAUGGGCGGAAUAUCUGAAGUUUACAUGUUUUCAGUCAGAGAAAAAUACUGAUUGGUACUGAAUAUCAGCCAGCGCCCUGCACUGGUACCGGUGUGAAUCUUGUUUAGACACAGAGACCAUAGAUCUGUUGUAAGUAAAUUUCUAUAGAGUUUAUGCUAUUGGCUUUUUUUUUCUUUUUGCUUGAUUGUUUUUGUUGAGUGACCAUUUAAACUAUUUGUGAACGUGAUUUCGAACUAUAUCAAACUAUGUCAAUAAAGAAAUGUUUGUUACUGCU